AUGAAUUUAUCUCAAAAAUUGCUUUCAGGCAAUCCGGAUAUGAAGGGAAUUUGUUUUUAUUGCAGUUUUGAUAAUAGAUUUCAUAGAAAUAGGUGGAUUGCAAUUAGUUUUUUGAAACAUAUUGAUUUUUACUUGCUUAAUUUUCUUUUUAUUUCAUAUUUGUUCGAUUCAAUGAGUGAUAUUAUUCUAUCAUCGAGCAACAAAUGCUGGCUAGUAGUUAUUUAUAAUUAGAUGUAGUCUAACCGUUUAUGGGAUGUUAAGACAGGAUAAUAAAAAGCCAAAUUAGAUGGUCAUUCAUCAACAGUUAAUUCAAUUUGUUACUCUCCUGAUGUUACUACAUUAGCAUCUGGUAGUUAUGAUAACUCUAUCCGACUUUUGAAUGUACAAACAUCAAAGGAAAUGCUUCAAUCAAAUAGUAACUUUAAAGAUUUGCUUGCCUAGUUCAACAUACCUCUUCAAAAUAGCUCCUUAUUGGCAAAUGGUAUUUAUUAUUAGUUAUUAUUUAGUUAUUCCUUUUUGUACAAUACUGAGAAUAUGUUAGAAUCAUGAAUUAUUAAGGUAUAUAUUUAAAACCUUUGUUUAAAUCCAAAGGAAGUUGCUUAUUAGAAGACUUAAGGCAAAAGUGAUUUGGAUAUUAAUUAAACACAUUAGAAUUAUAAUUUUAAUAACUUUUGUUUUUUGUUUCAACUUUUUAAUUUUCAUUUCUUAAUAUAGAUAAUUACAUGUUUUCAAGCAAGUGAAUGAGAUCUAUUCAUUGAUGUAUGAAUUAAUAUAUUUUAAUAAGAAAUAAUGGUAGUGAUUUUUCCAUUUUUAAAGAUUGUAUUAUGUAAUGA